GUAUGUGUGUGAGACCCACACCCCGCACCACCCCCCAUCGUGCUCUGCACUGCCUGGUUCUGGGCAGCUGGUGUGUGGGUGGCCAAGCCAGGAAGGAAAAGGGGGAAGGGGGGAACCCGUGUUCUGAGAGCCCACCUGGCCACCCAUGCAUGCCCAUGCUCCGUGUGCACAGGGCCAACUCACAUGCCCUGGCACAGGUGGUCCCCCAUCCCCAGAAGAGACUGAAGGUUGUUCCAGCAAUAGCAGAAGACAGCUCAGGGCAGGGGCACAAACCAGUUUCUGACUCCUAGUUCACACCCAACUCGCACACAUAGAGAGUGCAGCUGACAGUGGUCAAGGAGGAAGGGAUUCUGGGACAGCGACAGCCCCUGGCUCUUGGUGCCUCAUCUUUCUGCCUAUUGUCUCAUCCCCUCUCAGACCUUGUUCCUGAAGCUUCCUUUCACUGGCUGUCACCUCUCUUGUCACCAACUUUGUCAACCAGUCUCCCAUCUGUCAUCAUCCCUCCCCCCACGCCACCCUCUUACUUCCCGUGACAUGGCACCUCUGUGGUCACUAUUGUCUCACCUGUCUCCCACUUUCCCUCUGCCUUCCCACCACAUCCAUGCCCUUCAUGACUUCUUUUCUGUUCACCACUCCCUCUCUUUGCCUGACACCCUUCCUCUACCACCAUCACCCCAUCUUCUCACCUGAUACCCCACUGCCCCGUCUGCCUACCCCCCCACCCAGGUUCUCUGUGAAAACACUGCUGGAGAAGUACACAGGGGAGCCCAUCGAUGACUCAUCUGAGGAGUUUGUUAAUUUCGCAGCCAUUUUAGAGCAGAUCCUCAGCCACCGUUUCAAAGCCUGUGCCCCAGCAGGUCCAGUGAGCUGGUUCAGCUCAGACGGGCAGCGGGGCUUCUGGGACUAUAUCCGACUGGCCUGCAGCAAAGUGCCCAACAACUGUGUGAGCAGCAUCGAGAAUAUGGAGAACAUCAGCACAGCCCGAGCCAAGGGUCGGGCAUGGAUCCGGGUGGCACUGAUGGAGAAGCGCAUGUCGGAAUACAUCAACACGGCUCUGCGGGACAUGCGGACCACCAGACGGUUCUACGACGCCGGAGCCAUCAUGCUGCGGGAGGAAGCCACGGUGCUCAUGGGAAUGCUGAUCGGACUGAGCGCCAUCGACUUCAGCUUCUGCCUAAAGGGCGAAGUGCUGGACGGGAAGACCCCCGUGGUCAUCGAUUACACGCCCUACCUAAAGUUCACCCAGAGCUACGACUACCUGACGGACGAGGAGGAGCGGCACAGCGCCGAGAGCAGCACGAGCGAGGACAACUCGCCUGAGCACCCGUACCUGCCGCUCGUCACCGACGAGGACAGCUGGUACAGCAAGUGGCAUAAGAUGGAGCAGAAGUUCCGCAUCGUCUACGCUCAGAAGGGCUACCUGGAGGAGCUGGUGCGUCUGCGCGAGUCGCAGCUGAAGGACCUGGAGGCGGAGAACCGGCGGCUCCGGCUGCAGCUGGAGGAAGCGGCGGCGCAGAACCAGCGCGAGAAGCGGGAGCUGGAAGGCGUGAUCCUGGAGCUGCAGGAGCAGCUGACAGGUCUGAUCCCUGGUGACCACGCCCCCCUGGCCCAUGGUUCCAAGGAGCUCACCACGCCCCUGGUCAACCAAUGGCCCUCACUGGGAACGCUCGAUGGGGCCGAGGGUGCCAACAACUCCAAACUCUACCGGAGACACAGCUUCAUGAGCACGGAGCCACUGUCAGCUGAAGCCAGUCUGAGCUCUGACUCCCAGCGCCUGGGAGAGGGCAAGAGGGACGAGGAGCCCUGGGGCACCAUGGGAAGCUCAGAGCCAAAUUAGUGGCUCCCUUCGAGUGAAUGCCCAGGACUUCAAUGCAUGCAUUUUGUGUUGACCUCACCCCUGGCUUCAUCUUAGUUUUCCCAUCUUAGUUUUCCCUGUACCUGGAUUUCCUGCCUUUUCUUUUUUAUAACCACACUGUAUUGGAUCACCUCCAAUCUUUGAGACAAAGCAGGCUAUGGACAUGUACCCCACCACACUGUGUUUGUGACUGUCUGUGUGUCUGUCUCCACCACCAGACUGUGAGCUCCAUGAGGGCAGGGGCUGUGUCUUGUCCAUUCUCUGUAUCCCCAGUACUUGGAACAGAGCAAGUGCUCACUGUGUUUAAUAAACGGACAAAAAGAGAGGAUGAACCUCAGGGGGAGACAGAGACAUAAACUGACGAUUACAAUACAGUGUCCCCAGCACUGUGCAUAGCAUAGGCAGGUGCUUAAUAAAGGUUUAAUAGGAAAUGACAAACGC